AGAUGUCGAGGAGCGACCCAGCCUUAAAAAGUCGAUCGCAACUGUGAGGGAUAAAACGAGGGGCAAGAGAGAGAAGGUAGGGAAGGAACCCGCCGCCCUCUCUUUCCCCUUCCCUAUCCCCAUCUCCCAGAGAGACUAAGGAAGCGUAGGAGAGGAGAUGGAUAAGUUUCUCUUCUCUUGUCGAGAUUGGAUGUGAUUCCUUCUUCCUCUUGGGUUGUUUCUUGAGCCCCCAAACCCUCGUUUCCACAAGGAGAAGGAAUUUUUCAUGUUCGGGUUUUCCGAAGUUGCCGGGGAAUCGCGUAUUCUUCCGUCUUCCAAAUCUUAGCGAUACAUUAAAUCCUGGAUGCGGUAAUAUCCGACUCAAAUAAUCUACUUUUUUUUUUCUUUUUCCGAGAAAAAACCACCUCUUGCACUUCGGGCUUUUUCCGAGAUUCCGUCUCAUCGCCUGAUCGCUCAAAUAGCCAAUUUUUCCCCUAUUUUUCUCUGACGAUUCGACAAAGUUUCCAUUUUUUUUUAAAAAUACAUCUCCGUUUCUCGUCAAAAUACAGCAGCAUGACCUUUUAGACUGCCAAUAUUAGCUUCCUAUUUAUUUAUUUCUUUUUUGUGUUGGAUUCCUUCCGUGCCCUGGCCUAGAAAGAACGCAUUUCUUGAUUCAUCUCUUCUCUUCCAUCAACCAUCCAUCCUUAUCCUCUCAAAGGAAUCCCUAUCGCUAUCCCUGCGAACCUCUUAAAUUUCCAAGGGCAUACAUGAAUUUUGUUGGCACCCUACCUUGUCCAAACUCUAGUUAGCUGCCGCAAAUAAAUAGAUAGUUUUCAUGUCAAAGAAGAGAAUGCAGACCUUUGAGAAGAAGAGGGAUGGGCUCUUCCCCAUUCCGGAUCUCGGGCUUUCCUGGAACCUCCAGGAGGGUUUCUAUCCUCCCGGUGGCUUGUUUGCGAGCGUGGGCCAGAUGGGGGUCGGCUUCGGCGUUUCGCCCAGUCCUCCCAAUCCCCAUCCCAAUCCCAAUCCUCAUCCCGAUCCCAAAGACAACGGCAUCACCGAUCUGUACGCCAAGUACGUGUCGCCGGAGUUUGGGUUUCGCGUCGUCGGUUCUCCAAGCGACACGGCUGUGGAAGCCGCCGAACAAGUGUUAGAGGAAGCCAAGCCUCGGAAGAAGACGAAGGUCGGGUUGAAAUUAAAGAUCCGGAUUGGAAACCCCCAUUUCAGGAGGUUGUUCAGUGGGGGGAUUGCCGGGGCGGUCUCGCGAACCGCGGUCGCUCCCUUGGAGACGAUCAGAACGCAUCUCAUGGUGGGUAGCAAUGGGAACUCGACGACCGAAGUGUUCCACACUAUUAUAGGGACUGAGGGGUGGAAGGGGUUGUUUCGUGGCAAUUUUGUCAACGUCAUCCGAGUUGCUCCAAGCAAGGCUAUCGAACUAUUCACUUAUGAUACAGCCAAGAAGAUCUUGACCCCUAAGAUGGGGGAACCGCCCAAACUUCCUGUCCCUUCUUCUCUAGUUGCUGGAGCAUUUGCUGGAGUCAGCUCUACCCUCUGUACAUAUCCUCUAGAGUUACUCAAGACCAGACUAACCAUACAGAGAGAUGCCUAUGACAAUCUCCUACAUGCUUUUAUUAAAAUCUUGCGUGAAGAAGGCCCUGCAGAGCUGUACAGAGGUCUCACUCCAAGUCUAAUUGGAGUGGUACCAUAUGCUGCGACCAAUUACUUUGCAUAUGAAACCCUGAAGAAACUUUAUAGGAAGACAUUCAAGGAGGAGGAAAUAGGCAACAUGGCAACUCUUCUGAUCGGGUCAGCAGCUGGGGCAAUCUCAAGCAGCGCUACCUUCCCACUUGAGGUGGCUCGGAAGCACAUGCAGGUUGGGGCUGUCGGUGGUAGGCAGGUCUACAAGAACAUGCUUCAUGCUCUAGUAAGCAUAUUGGAGAAGGAGGGGAUUGAUGGUCUUUAUAAGGGUUUGGGCCCGAGCUGCAUGAAGUUGGUGCCUGCUGCAGGGAUCUCGUUCAUGUGCUAUGAGGCCUGCAAGAAAUUACUGAUAGACGAUGAGGAUGAUGCAUAGUUUCAACGGUUCCCUUCAGCAAUAAGGUUCGCCAGUCAAAGCCGAAAUUUCAGAUUUUUGGCCCUAGCCUAGGUUCUUUUAUGUGCCUCUUAAAAUUCUGUUCUUGAAACUCUGAUGUUUUUGAGUGCUGACAAUAAGGUUCAGGUUCUUAUCUAGGCUUUUUUUUUUGGCCCUUUGUUUUUGGUUUUUAGUUUUGUAGUGAAAAGAAAAAAGCGUAAACUGUUGAAAGAACUGGUUUUUGGACGGACAAAGAGAUGACCAGAGAAAGGUAUGGUAUUAAACCAUGGCAAAGAAGUGUUAGGGUAGCAAUCUUGACUGCUUAUUUGUGCAGUUUCUGCUUUUCUUUUCUUUUUAUUUAUUUAUUUUUUGUCAGGAGUUUCUGCUUCUUUUUA